AUUAAGAAACCCUAAAGCAUGAUAAACGCAGUUUCGAGUAAUGAAAAGUCAAUGAACCUGGACACACAACAACAUAGUGUGAAUGUGAUGCUCAGACAACUAAGCUUCAUCAGAUCCUCUCUUAUCCCUUUCUCUUCUUAUUCCCCACGAACCUCCCUGAAACCACUCACCUCGAUCCGCUCUCAAACCAAAGCUACCAUGUCCACCAUCUCCACCCAGAAUGAGUCGACUCUGCAGACUCAGAGACCCGUCCAGGUGGCGCAACGCUUAGAGAAGUUCAAGACUACAAUCUUCACUCAGAUGAGCAUAUUGGGCAACAAGCACGGAGCAAUCAACCUAGGCCAAGGCUUCCCCAACUUCGACGGCCCUGAGUUCGUCAAAGAAGCCGCCAUCCAAGCCAUCAAAGACGGUAAAAACCAGUACGCACGUGCCUUCGGCGCUCCCGAGCUCAACUCCGCUGUAGCUUCACGGUUUCAUCGAGACACGGGUCUUGUUAUUGACCCUGAGAGAGAAGUCACAGUCACAUGCGGCUGCACGGAAGCCAUAGCUGCGGCUAUGCUGGGUCUAAUCAACCCUGGAGACGAAGUCAUCCUCUUUGCGCCUUUCUAUGAUUCCUACGAGGCCACGCUCUCUAUGGCGGGUGCUAAAGUGAAAUGCAUCACUUUGCGCCCGCCUGGAUUUGAUAUCCCUUUGGAUGAGCUGAAAGCUGCUGUGACGAGCGAGACGAGAGCUAUACUCAUGAACACUCCUCACAACCCCACGGGGAAGAUGUUCACUAGAGAAGAGCUUGAAGCCAUCGCAUCUCUAUGUAUUGAGAACGAUGUCAUUGUGUUCUCUGAUGAAGUGUAUGAUAAGCUUGACUUUGAGAUGGAUCACAUAUGCAUAGCUUCUCUCCCCGGUAUGUACGAGAGGACCGUGACGAUGAACUCUCUUGGAAAGACUUUUUCCUUAACCGGGUGGAAGAUAGGUUGGGCCGUUGCGCCGCCUCAUCUGACUUGGGGGAUACGUCAAGCGCACUCUUACCUCACGUUCGCUACCUCGACGCCAAUGCAAGCAGCGGCUGUUGCGGCUCUCGAGGCGCCGGAGUCUUACUACACGGAGCUGAAGAGAGACUACAGCGAGAAGAAGGAGAUUCUUGUCAAGGGUUUGAAGGAGGUUGGGUUUGAAGUGUUCCCGUCGAGUGGGACUUACUUUGUGGUGGUUGAUCACACGCCGUUUGGGUUUGGGGAUGAUGUGGCCUUCUGUGAGUAUCUUAUCAAGGAAGUUGGGGUGGUUGCGAUCCCUACGAGUGUGUUUUAUUUGAAUCCGGAAGAUGGGAAGAACUUGGUGAGGUUUGCGUUCUGUAAAGAUGAGGAGACUCUGCGUAGUGCAAUUGAGAGGAUGAAGCUGAAGCUUAAGAGAGUGGUCUGAAGCUUUGAAUCAUUUGUAAAAGACCUUAUUGUUAUGCUAUUGUUGUUGUUCUUCUUCGGUUCUAUUUGAAAUGAGACUUUGUUUUCAAAGCAAGCUAAUAAAGUAAGUUCACUUUCUUA